AUGAAAACAACGGCUGCUUCUUCUUCUUCUUCUCUAACAUGCCAAACAAAGAUUGCAGUGGUCAUUUUUCAGCUACUGCUGUGUUUUUCCGUUGAAGCUCAUUCUCAUUCUCGUUCUCACUCCCAGCGAGACAGAAUCGUCCGGUUGCCGGGUCAACCCGGAGUCGGGUUUCAGCAGUAUUCGGGUUAUGUGACUCUUGAUGCCAAGAAACAGAGAGCUCUCUUUUAUUACUUUGCUGAAGCUGAAACUGACCCGCAUUCCAAGCCUCUUGUUCUCUGGCUCAAUGGAGGGCCUGGGUGUUCAUCAUUGGGAGUUGGGGCAUUUUCUGAGAAUGGACCAUUUAGGCCAAGUGGAGAAGUAUUGGUCAAGAAUGAAUAUAGCUGGAACAGAGAGGCAAACAUGUUGUAUUUGGAAUCUCCAGUAGGAGUUGGGUUCUCUUAUUCAGCUAAUUCCUCCUCUUAUGAGACUAUAAAUGAUAAAAUCACAGCCAGAGACAACCUGGUUUUCUUGCAAAAAUGGUUUACCAAGUUCCCACAAUUCACAAACAGAAGUUUGUUCAUUACCGGUGAAAGCUAUGCAGGCCACUACGUCCCACAGUUGGCAGAGCUCAUGCUCGAAUUCAACAAGGAGGAGAAAUUAUUCAAUUUAAAAGGCAUUGCUCUGGGCAAUCCUGUCUUAGAAUUUGCCACUGAUUUCAAUUCAAGGGCAGAUUUCAUUUGGUCUCAUGGAUUGAUAUCAGAUUCAACAUACAAAAUGUUCACUUCUGUUUGCAACUACUCGCGUUAUGUGAGCGAGUACUACAGAGGAUCGGUUUCUUCAGUCUGUUCAAAGGUGAUGAACCAAGUGAGCAAAGAAACCAGCAGAUUUGUUGACAAGUAUGAUGUUACCCUUGAUGUUUGCAUAUCUUCUGUGUUUGCACAAUGCCAAGUCCUUAGUCCCCAGCAAGUCGCUGAGACCAUAGAUGUCUGUGUGGAAGAUGAAACUGUGAAUUAUCUUAAUAGGCAAGAUGUUCAGAAGGCUCUCCAUGCUCGGCUUGUCGGAGUUCAUCGAUGGGCAGUUUGCAGCAAUGUAUUGGAUUAUGAGCUGUUGGACGUGGAGAUACCAACAAUUACAAUCGUUGGCAAACUUAUCAAGGCAGGAGUCCCAGUCUUGGUUUACAGUGGCGACCAAGAUUCUGUUAUCCCGUUGACUGGAAGUCGGACAUUAGUACAUGAACUUGCAGAGAAGUUAGCCCUCAACACCACUGUGCCUUACAGGGUCUGGUUUGAGGGGCAGCAGGUUGGUGGAUGGACUCAAGUUUAUGGUAACAUGCUUGCCUUUGCCACCAUAAGAGGAGCAUCCCAUGAAGCUCCGUUCUCGCAGCCCGAGAGAUCGCUUGUGCUGUUCAAGUCCUUCUUAGAAGGACGACCCUUACCUGAAGAAUUCUGACCACGCAUGACUUGAAUGAAUACUCAGAUUGAGAUUGUAAGUAGUGUUUUAUUUCCUUUCGGAGAGAUUAAGGAUAAGUCCUUCCUUGUCGAAAAUUUCAUUUGUUUGUUUGUUUUUUCACUUAUAGUGAGAGAGUCUUUCUACGCUUAUGUGGAAAGCAGAUGAAUUUUGUAAAGCGAUCAAGAGAAAAAUGGAAAUAGAAAAAAAGUGAUUUGUGGUCA